AUGUCGUCUUACGAAUCCUACAUAUUUGAGCCCAUUUACGGCGCAUACAACUGGGCAGAGUUCGAGGGAAAUCAGCCACUCCCCGAUGAGUACGUUCCUCCCUACAUGCGCAGCUCUACGGCGGACAAGAGAACUCUCCCUGCAAGAGACGUCCUCCGUAGAGCAUCCGAAUACGUGAACAACACCACCCCGUCCAUACCCACGGCCUUUGGGGGUAAUAUGCUUCGGAGAGCUGCCCAUCUGCGCACAGUUACUGUUGCCCAGGUCGAGGCUAAUAAGGAAAGUAAAAAGAAUAAGAAGAAGGAGGAGCCCAGAAAAGACGACCCCGUGGACAACCCUGUCCGGGCCGUAGCUGCCAUCUUUGCAGAUGGUCUGUAUCGGAGCAACUUCCCGGACGUCUACGUCAAAGCCCUCCAGCAUGCCAGCUCCUACCAACCCCCUAUCGAACCGUCGUCCUCCGACGCGGCCUUCAGAAAGCUCCUGGCCUUAACCUGGGGCAGUGGUUCUGAAACAGCUGUAUCAGACCGGAGCUUGGUCCAAGUUGGCGCCGGCGACUUCAGCUACACAUACACGCCCUACCGAGCCGGGAUCAACUUGCGCGCGCUGCCAGUUGUAUCACAAGAGCUGCCCGCCAGCGACGACCGCAGGCUGCGCAUGAACCUCUUCCGAUACGAACUCACCAAAAAGGUGGACGAAAUCCUCGAUCAAUACAGUCUCCCCAAAGAGAGGUAUGUCCAGCCCUGCGGCCGCAAACGCGCCCUGCACCUCAUGGAGCGCCCGAUUCCAACAAUCCUGAUCACAAUGAGGCUCGACGUGAACCCGCGGCCCAAGGCACUUGAGCUCGCCCUGCAUUUUAUAGUCAUCAUGGUGUCUGAAUAUUUCCUUCUGCACGACAUCUCUGUCGAGGUUAUCGACCCGCGACUUGAACAUCCAGCAGAGCACCCAGACCCCGAGCCAACCUUCUACCCACGAAGGCUCAGGGGCGACAGGACCGGCGCAAUGAUAGCACCGCCACUCGAGCUUGCCCUGAUCCUGAUGGCAUGGGAUUGGUAUCGCUGGGACCCGGAGACCUGGGAACUUACCUACGUUCCGGAAUUAAUGCGCCGGCCAAACUAG